GGAUUCUAGAAAGUUUCUCUCAAAAACUAGAUCAUCUGUAUACUCAGCACUCUUUGACACUGCAGAAACUACAGAGUAUCAGACUGAACAUGGAAAAAGUGCAAGAGAUUGUGAAUUUACAGAUCAAUUUUCCUCGGCAAAAAGCCUUAGUUACAGCCGAAAAGGUAGUUGACGAGAUGGAGGAACAUGAACAUUUGCUGCAAAAAGAACUGUGGAAAGCACAGGCCAUGCUGGAAAUGGAAAAGCAGUCCUUAUAUAAACAAGAGAGAGAGGUGGCUGAACUUCUACAAAGCGAGAGUGGACACAAUGAAACAAUGCAAUCUCAAAUCACAGUUAAAAUGUUAUUGAAAACUCUUGUGAGCAAGGUCCACACUAUAUAUUGUGAUGUACCUGAGGCACAACAAUGCAUCAAUCAGCUUAUUGAGAAGAAUGAUGCUGAGAGGGCUAGUCGGAAAGAAGAAUUUAAUAAUGUGCAGGCUGACAUCCUGUCCUAUAAAGUUAUUUAUGGAAAUAAACCUACGGAUUACAAAAGGGAACAGUUUUCAGUGAAGCUUUCCAGAAAUCUUGUGAAUGCAAAGUCUGAAUUAGAAUAUGCUGAAACAGAGAAGAUUGCAUUGGAUUGUAUCCAGAAGGGGGAAAUCCCAGACUGGAUUAGCAAACAUUGUCCAUAUUUAAUCCUGACAGAUUCUGACCAAAAAACAUAUGCUGGUGAGAAAAGCCACCUUCCAGAUGAAGCCAGGCAAACACUCCACAGAAAAUCACAGGAUGCUGAUGAGACAAAGGAGCAGCAAGAGAUGCACCAGCCUGGGGCGGAGGCCUCCUUCACAGAUGAGAACAUAUUGUGUGAAAAGGGUGGAGCAGAGAAGCACAUUAUGAAAGAGCCCUGGAAUGAAAACUGAUUGAGAGAGUGGGCAAAACUUUCAAAAGCACUUAAAUGACACAGAAGCCGAAGUCCCAUUGGCUUUCAAUGGGACUUGCUUCCUCAGUCACUUGGGUAUUUUUGGAAUUGUGACCCCAAUUUUAGAAGCAUUCUAGCAUAAUUUUUAAAAAUCCAUCCUGAACCCACAAUGGGAUUUCAUGAUCGGACCCCUUGUGCCCACCCAGAUCCCCAUUAACUUAAUGGGGUCUGAGUGACCAAAGGGAUGCAUCCACACUGAUUACAUUGCAGCAUCAGGACCUGAAGUAUGUAACAUUCCCAUUUUCAUUAACAGGAAUAGAGCUGGUCAGAAAAUGAUUUUUUUUAAAACAUUCCCAAGCAUAUUUGCAAAAAUAAAUGUCCACUCUUCAGCAGCACAAUAGAAACUUUCCCACCUGCACUAAAGCUAGUUGAAAUGCUAGAGACAAUGUUUGCAAUUUUUUAUUUGUUUGUUUUUAAAGA